GCCGGAGUUCCCAUCACUAGUGCGUGUAUUACGAAGUUAAAUAUUAGCGAUCAGCAUAGCACCUUUCUUCAAGGGCCGCUUGGCGGCGCUGUGGUUCAUCAAAGUAUCGCAGCUCUCAAAUUCUUCAUUCCGUACAGAACAAGCUGUGGUGCAUGUAAUCCGGCCGUCAUGUCUGGCGUUAGAAAGGCCAGGUUGGUGGCAAACCCUCUGGAUUCGGCUAUCUCUAAUCCCAGCGAGUUGAUUUUGAGGGAAUGCCACGACCUGUAUAUCGACGACGAGAACGGGCUGGUGAAGAUCGCAGACAGCCUUGGCCUUCGCUUACUACCCCCCCGGAAGAAGAUUUUUGUGAUGAUUAUGGGGAACCACUCCGCAGGAAAGAGCUCCUUCAUUAACUGGUAUGUAGAGGAACAUAUUCAGAGGACAGGCGUUGCCAUAGAGACCCAAGGCUUCACCUUCGUCACGAGUGGCCGGAAAAGGGAAUCUCUGACGGGCAACGCAACGCUUCAUCUGUACCCCCAUUUCCGACACCUCCUGGAGUUUAAAGGUCUGACGGACUACCUCUCUGCUGAAAUCUCUACCUCCAAGCAGAAGAAGUUUAGCUUGGUGACCUUUGUGGACACACCGGGGCUGGUGGAUGGUGACAUGGUCUAUCCCUUUGAUGUCAACAACGCCAUCAUAUCCUUUGGCCAGCAGGCGGACUUGAUCAUGGUGUUCUUCGACCCAAUGGGACAGGCCCUGUGCAAGCGCACGCUGGACAUUGUGGAGAAGCUCAGCGAGACGUGUGGAGACCGGCUGCUGUUUUACCUCAGCAAGGCAGACGAGGCUGGGAGGGAGACUGACAGGCAGAGAGUGAUGAUGCAGAUUGUUCAGGAGUUGUGCCGCAGACCAGGACUGAACAAAUGUGGCUUUGAGAUGCCCACAAUUUACAUCCCCAACCCACAGAAACCAAGCCGCUGCGAGAACCAGAUUGACGGGGUGUGUCAGACCAUUGAGAAGACCAUCAACCAGGCCGUCCAGAGAACCCUGGACCAGCUGGAGAAGGACUGCGACCUUAUCUCUGCUAGCAUAAGCAGCAGACUGGCCCAGGACAGGGCAGAAGUGAGCUACAACAGGGGUGCCCGCGUGCAUGCCUUCCUCUGCGGCCUCCUGGCCGUGCUGCUGCCAGCCUUCCUUAUCCUCACCCUGGUGGUGAACACCUUACCCCGGGAGGAGCUCCAGGGGAUGAUCGGCGAGGGCCUCACUGUGGCCUUCCAUCUGACCACAGGGAUUGUGGUGACUCUCUGGGACAUGAUCCCGGAAGACAGCCAGAUUAUGUUCGUCAUCGCUAGCGGAGCCCUCAGCUACCUUCUCUUCUUCUUAGCCAAAUAUUUUGCACGCCAAAGACAACAUACCCUCACCAAGAAGGAGAAGAGGCGGCUAGCUGAAUACAGCGAUUACGUACAGCAAGUGGUCAAAGCCAGAAAGCAGGGACUAUAUGAACAGUAUCUCCAUCAGUGUGCCACGGAGUUUGACCUCUGAGAGGAAACACAGCCAUUCCACCCGCAGCAGACGGUGUCGCUGUCCAUUGCUGGACAGACUCCAUCGGACUUCCUCUCCAAUCGAUCCUUAGAAACACAUGCUGAUGGCGGGCUGGGCUUUGGGGUCUGCAGAUAUGGCUUCAUCAACUAUGGGUGUGAAUUGUGUACUGCUGUAGUGAACGAGCAUUAUAAUGGAAACCACCUCAGAGGUAUCAGCACUCCAAGAAUACACGGUGUGGGCAUAAACAAACCUCCCGAAAUCUCCCAGAUACAAAGUGCCUUCUGUUUCACAGCUGAUGGUGGAACGAUAGUGAUUUCAGUAACUGUGAAACUCAUUAGCUGUAGUACUUUUUAAAAAAGGUGAGCAGGGGACUGUUGUACACUUGUCAGUUCUGUACUUCUUGAAAGUAUUUUUAACUGAAAUUUAAGUACGUGCAUAAAAUUGGCUUGUGCAGUGAGGUAUUUACUUUGUAGUUUUAAGUGUGUUGUAGUCCAGAAUCUGUCUGAAGAUGUCUGUCUGCUUUUAUUGUGUCAUGUGUGUUUGUAUAAGUAAUGUUGCUAUGGAAAGUGAAUUUCGUGGUGUUUUGGAACACACUGCCUUAAAGAUGAGAUGUUGACAACAGAACAAAUCUGACUGAGCUGUUUCACAGUGUUUUUUUAAUGGGUUUCUUUCUGCUUUUAUAAACUGUGAACUAAAAGCACUGAAUUUGCAAAACUUUUAUGAACCAUAUAAGUUGUAUUUUAACUAAUUUGUAACCAUUUUUUUUGGAAACAGGAAAUGAGUCAUAAAACAUUCUACCUUCACUGACGACAUACGUUUCCAUAAACGGGUUGUAUACAACUUCCAAAUCUGUCAUGGUGCUUUGUGACUAAAGUACUGGGUUGUUUGCAAUAAUACACAAUGCAUUGCCAAAAAAAGUCAGUUUAUUAAAGUAUGUGACUUUUUUGGCCAGGCAGUGUACCUUACCCAGUGUAUACAGAUGCUAUGGAUGUUUGACACAUCUUACUGAAUAAUAGACAAUGUGUUAAUCUUAGAAGUAGUGGCUUAACUUUUUGUCCAGUCUCUUUAAAAUGUCAUCUUAUACCAAUCUGUAAAAUUUAUUAUUUUUCUCUAACUUAUUUUAGGUAAAGUCCUCCUGUGUUGCCUUAUUAAAAUCUUAAUAUACUUUCAGUGUUCUCA